AUGGGCUUCAGCUUCGUCUUCACCCGGCUCUGCCAAGAGAACCACAUCCUGACUCUGAUGUCAAUGGCAGCUCGCAUCUACAAGCACCCCAGCCUGAAGAACUCCAUCAACCUGGUGGUGGUGAAGGUGCUGGUGGUGGACGAGGUGGCCGCGGGGCCAGAGGUGUCUGACAAUGGUGGGCUCACCCUGCGCAACUUCUGUAGCUGGCAGCAAAGGUUCAACCCCCCCAGCGACCGGCACCCGGAGCACUAUGACACUGCAAUCCUGCUGACAAGACAGGACUUCUGUGGCCACCAAAGCUGUGACACGCUGGGCGUGGCGGAUAUCGGCACCAUGUGUGACCGCAACAAAAGCUGCUCGGUGAUCGAGGACGAGGGCCUGCAGGCAGCCUACACCCUGGCUCACGAACUGGGCCACGUGCUCAGCAUGCCCCACGAUGACUCCAAGACCUGUGAGCGGCUCUUUGGGCCCCUUGGCAAGCACCACAUGAUGGCUCCUCUUUUCAUCCACUUGAACAAGACCCAGCCUUGGUCUCCUUGCAGUGCCAUGUACCUCACCGAGUUCCUGGACGGAGGGCACGGUGACUGCUUGCUUGAUGCCCCAGCCGACCCCCUCUCCCUGCCUGCCGAGCUGCCUGGCCGAGGAGCCCUGUACAGCCUGGACCAACAAUGCCAGCAGAUCUUUGGCAAGGACUUCCAGCACUGCCCCAACACCACAGAGGAGGAUAUCUGCGCCCAGCUCUGGUGCAGGACUGGCAGCGGGGAGCACCUUUGCCACACCAAGAAUGGCAGCUUGCCUUGGGCCGAUGGCACCCCGUGCAAAGCCAGCGGGCUGUGCUGGGAUGGACGCUGUCUGCCCCAGGAUGCCCUGAAGCCUCAGCCGGUGGUGGACGGCGGCUGGGGCCCGUGGAGUCCCUGGGGCUCCUGCUCCCGGACCUGCGGCGGCGGCGUGCAGUUCUCCUACCGGCACUGCGACAGCCCCAGGCCCCAGCACGGCGGGAGGUACUGCGAGGGCCAGCGUGCCAAGUACCAGUCCUGCCACACGGACGAGUGCCCGCCCGACGGCAAAAGCUUCCGGGAGCAGCAGUGUGAGAAGUACAACAGCUACAACUUUACGGAUCUGGAAGGGAAUCGCCUGGAGUGGGUCCCCAAGUAUGCAGGAGUGUCACCCCGAGACCGGUGCAAACUCUUCUGCCGAGCCAGAGGGAGGAGUGAAUUUAAAGUCUUUGAGGCAAAGGUGAUCGACGGGACGCUGUGUGGACCAGAGACCCUCUCCAUCUGCGUCCAUGGGCAGUGCAUCAAGGCUGGCUGUGAUCACGUAGUCGGGUCCUCCAAGAAGCUGGACAAGUGUGGGGUGUGUGGUGGCAACGGCUCGACUUGCAGGAAAAUAUCUGGCUCACUCAACCGAUCCAAAUAUGGCUACAAUGACAUCGUCACUAUCCCUGCCGGGGCAACCAACAUCGACAUCAAGCAGCGCAGCCACCGAGGGGUCCGUCACGACGGGAAUUACCUGGCCCUAGAGCUCCGACAGCUCCCAGAGCCCCUGACGGUCCAGCUGCUGACCAUUGCCAGCGAGGUCUUCCCGCCCAAAGUCAAAUACACCUUCUUCAUCCCCAAGGACGUCCCUUUCAGCAAGCAGAAAGGCAAAGAGAAGAAGUCGGCCAACGUCAUCCGACCGAUGCUGACCUCCCAGUGGGUCCUGGGCGACUGG